AUGGAUCAUCAUCUUAAUGAUGAUGAUAGUGAUAAUGGUGUUAAAAAUUUGUUUUACAUAUCGGAGCUGACAUACGUGAUUAUGACAGUCAUAUUAAGUUUGGCCUCACUGUUGGCCAUACCUGGCAACAUACUGGUCAUACUGGUUGUAAUGAAAACACCUGUCCUCCGAUCGAAAGCUGUCAAUAUAUUGAUUGUUAAUCUGUGUGUCAAUGAUUUGUUGAGUACUUGGAUAGACAUACCGCUUAUGUGGACAAUACUGGAGCUAAAUUACGGCCGAAGUACUAGUAGUUAUCAAUCAUCGUCAUCGUCACCAUUGGAUUGGCUGUGCAAAUGGCAAAUAUUUAUCAACUCAUUGGCCACUUGUGGCCAGGCUGUUGCUUUUGUUACCGUCGGUUAUGAAAGAUAUCAUACAAUAUGCAAACCGUUUGAUAAGGAAAAGGCUAAUCAUAUAACAAGUAUAUCCAUAGCCUGUUCGUGGCUUAUCUCGCUAUUCAUGUCAUUGAUUAUACUAUUAUUAGUACCCGACACAAUAACCUACGAGUUUUGUAUGCUAUCGACUAAUUAUACCAAACACGAGGCCAUGUCCUUUAUAAUAGCACCGUUCGGUAUCCUAUGUUUGGUAAUCAUCGGAUUUUUCUAUACAAGAAUCGUUUGGUUAGUUAGACGACACUGCAAGACAACAGCUGAUACAAUCCUAAGAAAUGCCGGACCGCCGCUGGUUGUAACGUCAACGGCACCGGCAGCGGCGGCGGUAGCAAUCGCCGACCAGUCGUCCACUACCGGCCAGACACCGGUAUCUGAACAGCCAAUGAUGAUGCCAUCGAUUUACGGGGAAAUAUGUGUAAUGAAUAGCAAAAACCGAUCGCUGGGCAGACGUCGCGUUGAGGCACAGACAGCCAAACGGUCGCUGUUUGUUAUCAUUACGUUUACCAUCAUUUGGUUACCGUAUCCGCUGCUGGUAUUGAUUGAAAAACUGUUGCUAAUUACUGGUAAACCGAUGUCCCAUAUCUACGAGUCUAUCUAUGAAUGGCAAUACUGUGCGCACACCAUGUCUUGCCUGUCGGCCGGUCUCAAUCCGCUGGUCUACGGGUUGGCCAACAAACAGUUUCGGACAGCUUUUUGCCGUAUUUGCCGACAUUAUUACAAACGAUAUAAAGACGGAGUUCUUUUCCAAUGA